UGCUACUUUCAUUCUAAUCGAACCUGUGUGCAGAGAUUCUGUAGAAUUGGUGAUGACAAAUGCACCAACUUCUAGAAGAGACAAAGAAUCUUAUAACAAAAUGAACAAAAAUAGUUUUAGUAAUAUGAGAUGUCCACAUUGCACCGGUCCUCUUUCUAAGGAGAUGGAGACAAGUGAGUGGACAGUUCCGCCUCUAAUCCGGGAUAGCUUUUCUAUGAUUGGUUCUGCAGUUGGUGGUACUACAAGUGCAUUUUAUGGCUUCAACCAUGUGAUGCCGAUUGUUAGAAGGUGGGUUAAAGGACCGAUGUGGUUGCAUUUCCUUGUUGGUGCUCCUCCUGUGAUUGUUUUCUCAUCUGCAUGUGCAGGGCUAGCAGGUGGUGCUGUUCCAGCAUUUGCACAGCUAGCAUCUUCGUCUUACCAUGCUGCGAUCUCAUCUUCCACAUUACCACCUACAGCCUCUCAAGAUGAAAACAUGAGAAAAUCUAGAACUUCUUCAACUUUAUAGCUUAAACACCAAGAGGAGAUGCUUUUACUAUCAGGAGUCCUGCAUUUUGCGGGAUCAUCUCUUAGUUUGCAACAGUCUGUCCUCUCCUGUUUACUAGCUCCCGUUGUGUGGUGGAUUUUUUUUUCCUUUGAAAAUAUAUUACUUGUUCAUGUAAUGAGUUUGUUAUUUUUGUAAAUUCCAACCUUAAUAUCUCAGUGAUGGAAGAAAUUUUACACCGUUUUUUUAGGAAGUCGAGUGCGUGAUAGUUUUCAUAGCUCAAACAGGAAUGUUUUGAGGAAUUCUUUAUCAUGUUUUAUUAUAUCAGCUGGGCACUUAUUCUAUUCUA